UCAAGGGCGGCUUUUCCCUCGGUAUAAAAGGACCGCGCUUCAUGACCGGAUCAUCAGUUCACCGCUACUCUGAUCAUCAUGAAGUUUACGAUUCUCGUCGCCCUCACUGCUGUGGCCGCCGCGGCCCCUGAGACUGGCUAUUCUCUUCCGGACCCCUCCACAAGGGGCGUACUUGAGGUAGCUGAUUUCGUGCCCAUCCUGAGGGACGACCGAGUCCAAGAGGACGACGGAAGGUACAACUUCGACAUCGAGACCGGCGACGGCAUCACCGCCUCGGAGUCUGGCUCACCUGACGGCCCUGAGGGCGCCAUCGUUGCCUCUGGAAAGUACUCGUACACUGCACCCGACGGUAGCCUGAUCGAGGUCACAUACGUCGCCAACGAGGACGGCUUCCAACCCGAGGGUGACCACCUGCCAGUGGCUCCCGAAUUCCCUCAUGAGAUUCCUGAGUUCGUGCUCAGGCAGAUCGAAAAGGCAGCUGAGGAAGACGCUCUUGCCGCCGCUUCGACCAGAGACGCGCCUUCCCAGCUCUACCAGAGACCACAGUAGAUGUUAUUGAGAAGGAAAGAAAAAAACUCCCGGAUAGAACAGCUUUCUUUUCUGUAUAUAUAAUUUAUUAGUAGCAUGAAUGAUGCGCGACUGAGAGGUAGAUUAUAAUAAAUAAUGCAGACUUUUA